ACUGAUUUUUGUCGAUAUUCACUUCCAUUUCAUUUUCCAGAUACAUUUCGUAUUUAUUGAUUCUUACAAGGGUCUCGACGUUCAAUUGCGUUUUGAUCUUCUUCAAUCUCUAAGGAAAAUUCGGAUUUGAAUUAAAUGUCGAUCGAGGCCCAAGAAUCCUCGGGAAUUGGCAGUGAUGACGGUGGUGAUUUCGAGUGCAAUAUUUGCUUCGAGUUAGCAGCGGAUCCUAUAAUCACCGUCUGUGGUCAUCUAUAUUGUUGGCCGUGUCUCUAUAAAUGGCUACGACUUUACUCUCAAUCACAAGGAUGCCCAGUUUGUAACGCCUUAAUACGAGAGGAAAAGUUGAUUCCUUUGUACGGUCGAGGAAAGGUUCCAACUGACCCGAGAUCAAAAACCGUUCCCAGCACUGAAAUCCCUAGUCGACCGACAUGGCAGAGACCAGAAACGGCUCCAUCUCCAGGAGCAAGUAACAUCUCUAACUUGAUGUUUGGAUUUAUACCGACAUUCUCUCCAAAUUUCAACGCCCAAGUUCAUGGAUUUUCGAAUGCUGGUGAAUAUGGUGCGACCCGAGGAUAUUAUCAUCGAUACUCUCGUCCCUUUCGUGAUCCCGAAGGCGAAAUCCGUGAUAGGGAGAGUAGUAACGUUCAAGAGACAGAUGGCAUUCUGAAGAGGAUUCAUUUUGUUGUUUUGGUUCUUGCACUCUUUGCUUUAUUGCUAUUGUAAAUGGAUUUAGCUAUCGACUUCAGUCAAACGAGUGCGAGAAAUGGUAAUUUUUAUGUCUCUAAAAGUCGUUGUCGAGUGCGAUUACGUGCUCGUGAUUGAGAAUCUCGUUUUACAAAUACACUGUAAAUCUUAGAUAUGCUCGACUGGAUGUUCAUGAAUGAUGUUCGGAAGUCAUUACUGUUCUGCAGGAUCAAUGCUUCAUUAGUAAACACUAUGAAGGUAAUGUGGGGGUAGAAUUAGCUUUGUACAAAGUUGUGUGCAUAUUGUUGUUGUGAAGGGCGGUCUUGUUGUUAGAAUAUUAUAGAUUGUA